AUGGUGAAGAUCAAAAAUUGUUUUUUAACCGAAGGUUCGAGAAAAAGCAACGAAAAAAUGAUGAAAACGCGGGAAAAGUACGCCAAUUCGGACCGUGGAAAUGUUGAAGAAGGCAAAAAAGGGGGACAUAAGAAAAGUAAUGACAAGUUUCAACCGAAGGAAAAUCAUAAGAAAAGGCGUCACCAACAAAAAUGGGGGAGGCGUACUCAACAAUUUCGUGAAAUGAUUGGGAAACAUGUCAACCUAGCAAAAGAACCUGGAAAAAAAGUCGCCACAUCACUUAUGCCGAUUUACGAUAAAUGGCAGAAAGUGUAUUGUGAUAUUGAGAAGAAAAUUUUACCAAAAUCAUUCACUGAAAUUUGGGAAUCUCUUGGCAAUGAAGAAAGUAUGAGAAAUGUCAUGUAUGGACCAGUUUCUGAACAUGGUGAACGGAAGAAAUCAACUGUGAAUUGGGGAUGGGAAAUAUAUAACAACUUCACUGACCUGAUGGCUCCCGUAAUCCAGCUUCCAGAAAAGAUUGAAUUCCCAUCUUGGGAAACUUCUGAAGAAGAAUUAAUUCAAGAAAGUGAUGAUGAUGAUGAUGAUGAUGAUGAUACUUUUGACGAUGAUGAGGAUUUGCUUUUUGAAGAUGAUGAACAAAUCACAUUGGAAGACCCACAAUGGUUUACACAUAUGUUCAAAGCCAGAGAAAAUUUGAGAAAAGAUUGGGGGGAUUCCCCACUUUCUGAGGAGGAGUUUGACUGGUUUUUACGCAUGUUCGAAGGCAGGGAGGAACUUCGCAAAUCUGGAGAAAAGUAUCCGAGUAACCAUAGAAACGACAACGAGCUUGACUGGUUUUUAAAAAUGUUCGAAGCUCGUGCCCGACUUCGUUUCGAAAAUAAGGAAGACGAAAAGAACUGGUAUCUUAAAAUGGCAGAAGCUCGCAACAAAGCAAGGUCAGAGGUCGUUUAUGAGGGGUCAGAGUUCAUCAAUUGGUACGAGAAAAUGUCAAAAGCUAGAGAAAAACUUCGCAAACAACAAGAAAGAAAAGUAACCAGAGAUGAACAAAAUGAUGAAAAAUGGUGCCUGGCAUAA